AAAACCAAACCUGACGGCCCCCCGAGCGUCACUUAUAAAGGGGGGAUGCAGCAGCUCUGACCGGCUCAUCAUCUGGAUCUCCAGCUGAUUAAUAAGGCUUUAUUACCGCAGACUCAGACAGCCGUCCACCGUCUGACCAACGUCCGAAAUGAAGUGUGUUUGGGUGAUGAUGCUGUUCCUCCACUGUGCUCUUUCAGAGAAGUUUAAGGUGGUCAGUCCAGGCAGUCCUGUUUCAAUUCCACUUGGUUAUAAUGUAAUUCUGCCGUGCUUCGUCCAGCGUGAGAGCGAUAAAGCCAGCAUGAACGCCGAGGAUUUGAAUGUUACGUGGACCAAAUCCAACACAAAAGUGCAUCUGUAUGAAAAUAAAAAGGAUGAUGUCACCCAGCAGUCCGGGUCCUACAAGAACAGAACAGCUCUUCAUAAAGCUGCGCUCAGGAAAGGCGACGCCUCUCUCAGCCUGGCUCAGGUCAAAGGUGCUGACAAUGGAAAAUUCAAAUGCACUGUUAAGUCUGGAAGCCAAGAGGGAGCAGUGGAAGUUGAUCUUCAAGUUAAAGCUAUUGGGACGCACCCUGAGAUCACAGUGGCGACUUUACAGUGUAAAUCUAAAGGCUGGCUACCUGCGCCUGAGCUUGAGUGGCUGGACAGUAACGGAACCGUCCUGACAGCAAAGGUUACGAAGACAGAAAGAGACGAUAAGCUGUUCGACGUGGAAAGCAGCGCCGAUGUAAAGUCGGGUGACGUGUUCUACUGCAGAGUGAAGCAGAAGGAAAUCGUAAAGGAGGAAAAGAUCAAGCCAUAUGAGACGUGUGUUAGUUGGAUAGCGGUCGUUGGCGUCCUUUCGGCUGUGCUCCUGGUGGCGGUGAUUGUGUGUGUUAUCAAAGCAAAGGCCCGUUAGAGACGUUUUGUUUUUCAGCAGUCCGGCAGCUGAGGCUGAAGAGCGGAAAUGUCUGAUUCUCCUUCAUCUGAUUCAGCAAAUCAUAUUAAAAACACAGAAAAACAUCUUUAAACUUCGUUUAAACAACAGGUUCCACAUAGUUAAAUGAAG